GAUUUCCCCAAGGAGUUGCCGGUGCCAGCCGCGCCACCGGCAGCUGUUCCGCAGCCAGACAUCACACCGGAGCCAAGACGGCGGGUGCCGAGUUCGCAGCUCACGCCGCCCAAGCCAAAGCAGCCGCGCGCCCCGGAGGUCUCCGAAUCGGCAUCUAGCUCCAGCAGCAAGCGUCUCCGGACACAGCUGGAGGACUGGGGUCCCGACCGGGUGUGGCAGCGCUCCGCGAAGGUAGCAAUUCCGCAGGAGUUGCAGGCUGGCACGGCAUCGCUGGCUCUGCUCCUUGUCUCCCUCGACGAUCGGCUCCUCUUUCCACCUCCUGGCUUCGAAGAAG